AUCCUCAAGCCUGAAGACGAGCGAUUCCUCGAGGAGCUCCUCGCCCAGAGCAACGAUGGCCCUCCACCACCGCUACCGCCGCGCAUCUACACGUACGAUAAACCAGAUGAGACUGCCGAAGAAAAGCCAGAAAAGAAUGGAAAAGAGAAGACGGAAAAGAAACCCAACCGGCUGUCGCUCUUGUUUACAAGAAACAAGAAGCCAGCGGAUAACCCCAAGCCUAGCGAGACGCUCAAGCCAGACACCGAAAACGUCACGCCCAAAGAGGCCGAGCGCGAGGAGAAGGAUCUCACGCGCGUUCUCGAUCGCCUAAACCUCUCCGCCAAAAACAAUAAGGCUGUGUCCGAAUCCAAAGACUCGUCCGAUCUCCUCCAGAAAUUCACGCAGGUCUUCAAGGAUCUUGUCAACGGCGUGCCCACUGCCUACGAUGACCUUACGAAGCUUUUUGAGGACCGUGAUAGCUCCAUCAACAAGAUCUUUGAAAAACUGCCCUCGUCGCUGCAGAAACUUGUUACACAGCUUCCUGAAAAACUGACCAGUACGCUGGCACCAGAGCUUCUGGCCGCUGCGGCGGAGUCUCAGGGGAUCAAGGUAGUCGAGGGCGGCAUGAAGGGCACAGCCAAGAGGAUGCUCUUGGGCCAGAACUUGGCGGAUCUGGUGAAGAAACCAGGUGCAAUUGUUGGGAUGCUCAGGGCGAUUGUGGAAGUCUUGAAGUCAAGAUGGCCGGCUUUCAUUGGCAUGAAUGUCAUUUGGAGCCGCGGCCGCGAAGAGCGUAUUCUUCGUGAAGAGGCA